AUGAUUGAAAUCACUAGAGCUCCACUACCAGAUGCGCACAUUGUUAAUGGUAAAGAAUUUCCAGCUCUUUACAAUUUCAAGGAAAGCGGAAAAGACUUGGAUAUCUUCUUGAGAUUUUUGGCUGAUAAAGCAAAGACUGGGUUUUUUGCAAAAGCGUUAGCUGAUCACGGAGCUAUCGUUCUUAGGGAUUCAGGGUUUAUUGAUCCUGAAUCGCUCAGUAAAAUUGUUGAAACCAUCAGUGUCAACAGCAAUAAUAAAUUUUUUUUUCAGGCAGGAUCUACAGCCCAAAGAAGUGAUAUUGCUAAAUAUAUCACCAGUGCUAACGAAGGGGAUCCUAGCAUCAACAUCCACCAGCAUAACGAAUUUUCAAGGUUUGACACUUUCCCAAGGAACUUAUUCUUUAUCUGUCAAGACAUUGAUGACUCCACCAUCGGUGGGGAAACUCCAUUGGUUCACGGUUACGAGUUCUUUGAAACAUUGAAUAAGAUAUACCCGCAAUACGUUAAAGACUUGGCGGAGAAAAAGCUCUACUUCAAGCAAGUUUGGAAAUACCGGUCAGAUAACAAUACCAGUUGGGAGAAUAAAUACUGCUUUGGACAAGACAUUAACCCUGAAGAUGAUAUUGCCACUAAAAAGGAGAAAGCUGAAAAGCAAGCUUCUGAGAGAAUCACCAAAGAUUGGGAAUGGGACGACGACAACAAUCUUGUAGUUCACCAGCACACUGUUCCAAUCAGAUACUUUUCCUCAAAGUACAGAGAAGAUAAUGCCAAAUAUCCUGUGUUUUUCAACUCUCUAGCUACUUAUUACUAUACACAAAAGCAUGGAAAAUUUUCAUCUACCAUUCAAUACGAUAACAAAGAAGACAUCCCCACUGAAUUCUUGGAGGCUAUCUUGGAAAAUAGCAUCAAAUUGGAAUAUAAUCACAAAUGGAAAAAAGGAGAUAUUGCUAUUGUCGAUAACUACCAAGUAAGCCACGGAAGACUUGGGUGGUCCAAUGGCUCUCGCAAGGUUGUUGUCAGCAUGUGGGAUGACGUGGAAAAGCUUGAUUAUCCAGCAUGGGUGCCCGGUGAGCACUCUAAGUAG